GAGCAGUCAAAAAUAAAAUCCUACUUCCUUAAGGUAGGGCUUAUUUUCUGUAUAAAAAGGGAGUCAACCAGAGACUCCACACCAGUCCGGAGAGUCCAGAGAGCUUGAACUUCCCUGCACACCAGAUUCAGCCUCCUCUGAAGCAUGAGUUCCUACCAGCAGAAGCAGCCCUUUGUCCCACCCCCUCAACUUCAAGAGCAGCAAGUGAAGCAAUCCUCCCAGCCUCCACCUCAAGGACCACUUGUUCCCAUAAUCACGGAGCCAUGCCACCCCAAUGUUCCUCAACCUGGGAAUACCAAGACUCCAGAGCCAGGCUGCACCAAGGUCACUCAGCCAGGCUCCACUGUGGUUCCUCAACCGGGCUGCACUGUGGUCCCCCAGCCAGGUUCCACUGUGGUCCCUCAGCCAGGAUCCACUGUGGUUCCUCAAUCAGGCUGCACCAAGGUCCCUCAGCCAGGUUCCACUGUGGUCCCUCAACCAGGCUGCACUGUGGUUCCUCAGCCAGGUUGCACUGUGGCCCCUCAGCCAGGCUACACCAGUGUCCCUCAGCCAGGUUGCACUGCGGUCCCUCAGCCAGGCUACACCAAUGUCCCUCAGCCAGGCUACACCAAGGUUCCUGAACCUUCCCCCUCAAAAGUCACUGCAGGCCCAGCUCAGCAGAAGACCAAGCAGAAGUGAUGCAGUCCACAGCCAGGCCCUUCAGGAGCUGACCACCAUCUGAUGAACAUCCUCUUCCCAUCUGUAUCUGUGUCUCAAUUUUCAAUAGAUCUCAUAAUCAACAUGUUGUCACCCUGACUCCUUAUUUGUAUCCUAAAACUAUGCACUUCAAAACCUUCCCUUGCACACACUUUAAGGAAGUGUGUAUAGGACUUUAAGAAACUCUUAGUGCCUUUGCUGGUCUUUAGU